UUAUUGCCAUUGCUUAAUCUGCAUUUGCCCUCCUCCCCGUCCUCCCCUGCUCCUCCCUUCUCCAAAUCCCGGCUCCUCGGCCCCGGUGUGCGGUGCCGCACGGUCUGCCCGGCCGCCCCGACACGGCCACCGCGCCAGCGGAGAUGCCGCUGGAGGACAGGGACCCGGUGAGGCAGAGGGGACAGCGGGUCGAUGGCAAGGUCCACAGUACCCCACAGCCUGAGGGGACGGGGGACGCCCCAGCGCCUGAUUGCAGCAGGAUGAAGGUGGCGGCAGAGGGCUGGGAGCCGGGACCAGCACUGGGUGACGGGGACGUGACCCCUGGGGGAGCCCCGCUGCGGCAGGAGGAAGCCCUGAUGGCCGAGCUGUCGGAGCUGGUGCAGAAGGUGGUGAGAAGCAGUAGCUGGUGGGAGCGGCACGGCGUGGACAUCAGCAUCCUCGCCGGCAGCUUCCUCCUGCUCCCAGCAGGGUUCCUGUGCCUGCGGUCAGCCCAGGCCAUCCCUUUCCUGGCGGGUGUCCUCACCCUUGGUGUGGUGCAUCACACCCUGACUGUGAAGGGCAGCCACCUGGCCAGCCACAACGCCUUGACCGAGUCCAAGUCCUGGGGCAAAGUGUGGGCUAUCUUCUUAAUUGAGCUCUGCUCAGCUUUCACGGUCGAGCAAGCCACCUACAACCACGUGAAGAUCCACCAUGGCUACACCAAUGUCAUCGGCCUGGGGGAUUCCAGCACCUGGAAGCUUCCUUUCCUGAACCGCUACGUCUAUAUGUUCAUUGCGCCUCUCGCAGUGCCCAUCCUAACCCCUCUGGUUGCACUGGAUUUGUUGAGGAAUGUGGAGUGGAAAGCAGCUCUCCGGACCCUCUGCUGCAUGUUUCUGGGUCUUUACUGCCAUUACUGGCUGCUGCUCCAUGUCUCGGGCUUCCAGUCGCCGUGGUCCGCCCUGCUCUGCAUGCUGCUCACCCGCUCCCUCCUGGCCCAUCCUUACAUCCACGUCAACAUAUUCCAGCACAUCGGCCUCCCCAUGUUCGCGGCUGAUCGGAAACCCAAGCGGAUCCACCUGAUGAGCCUGGGUGUCCUCAACCUGCCCCGCAACGCCCUGCUCGACUGGUCCUUCGGUCACUCGCUCAUCAGCUGCCAUGUGGAGCAUCAUCUCUUCCCCAGCCUCUCUGACAACAUGUGCCUCAAGAUCAAACCUGUCGUCUCCCAGUACCUGAAGCAGAAGAAGCUGCCGUACAAUGAGGACACCUACACCUCCCGGCUCCGGCUCUUCCUCCGCAGAUACGAGGAGCUGAUGGUCCAUGCUCCCCCCAUCACAGAGCUGGUGGGCAUCCAGUGAGGAGGGGGGCCCAGGACUUGCGGGAUGGUUUUAACAGGAUGGGGACUUCACAGACACACACCUCUAUAAAGCCACCACAUAGGAAA